CUGAAAAAAAAAAAAAAAAAAAAGUUAUGUGUAUGAGCGCGCACAUAAAUACAUGCAUGCGCACAUAGAUAACACAUACACACACACACACACACACACACACACAGGCUUGCUGCCUGCUAGGCGCAGUUCUAAAUGCCUGUGUAUAUGGUUUCAUUUAAAUCUCCCUAGCACCCUGUGCCAUGGCUUCAGCCAUUGUCUGACUCAUAUGGAAGAGGAAACGGGCAUGAGGGUGUUCUGUAACCAACAGGUUGUCCCAGCCAGUGGGUAAUAGAGGCAGAAUUUGAGCUGGGCAGUCUUGCUAUGGCCUGUUGGUCACAGCAAGCCCUAGGCCAGUGGGACAAUGUGGGUGAGAGGGUGGGGACCCAUCCUGGAAAAUUAGCUGUCCUGGAGCAGUCCCUGGGCUUUGGAAAGUGACCUGGAGAUGAAAGGAACAUUUGGCAUAGGGACUGAAGCCAGAUGUGGCUCAGUGACCUGGGAUGCCCACCUGGUGGGCACCUGGGACAGCGUGAGCAGAUGGGAUGCGGGUAGGAGCGGGGUCAGGACCUGCCUGCCCAUAGGAGCACCUGGCUACAAAAACCCCGAACCCUUCCCAUACCUUUCCUCCCAAGCCAGGUGCUAGGAAACUCCAGACCAGGAGAUGUGGGAGGGGUCUGGGUCGCCCACCUCCCUGGCUGCUCUGGGUGGGGAGGGGCAGAGGGUGGUUGCAUCCCCUGUGAGCCAUGGUAGCUGCCCUGUGGAGGUCAGGCCCAGGUUGGCUGAGAGGCCCAGGAAGACUGCCCCCACCCUGGGCAGGCCCACACCUGCCACUCACAAAGGGGUGGGGCCUCUCAGGAAGUCCCAGGAGAGCAUAAAAGGGACAUCACAGCUGCAAAGUGGAGUGGAGCACCAGAUGGGGGACAGCCCCAGCUGGAGCUCCUCCCUUAAGGUCUUGGCAAUGCAUUCUAGGCAGGAUGGGAUCUGGAGGCUCUAGGCCCUUCACCAGCCUCAGUUUCCCCAUCUACUCAGUGUAGGAAAGGAGCUGGCCUGGUUCCUGUUGGCCCUGAAGCCCUGGGACAGAUCCCUGAGGGAACAGAAGGACUUUCAGGCCUUACCACCUGGGGGCUUCUCCCUGAGCCUGGCAUGGCUGGGGAAAAGGGGAUAGUUCUGAGACCCAGUUCCUAGAUGCAGGGCCUCACCAAGGAAUCAUGACUUGCAGUAGAGGACAAGGCUCCCCAAGGCCGCCCCGGGGGCAGAUGGAAGCCCAGAGCGGGGCUGAGUUUGCUGGAUCCCGGGUUCUUCUGUCCUCCCUGCUUCUGGGGUGCCAGGACGAGGUGUGACCCAGGACAGCCCAAAGGGCAGUAAGUAGGUGGGGCACAAGUAUCUGGUUUGGGGAACAGGGUUUCCUCAGGCUUCAUUGUUCUCGUACACCAGGUCAGCCUGGCCCACACAGGCAGAACCACCAGGCUACCUGGGCAAGAUUUCUGCCCCGCCCCAGCCAGCCCGCAGCCCUCCCCAGGGUCCUCCUCAUCCUGGAAGUGCGGCUGUUGAUGUCAGGACCUACCCUGCACCUAACUGUUGACCUCAUCCCAUCUCUCUCUUUGGGGGAAUCAGGGGCUGCCAGGCUAAUUCUGGGUAUGCUGGUGGGGGCCCUUCCAAGGCCUUGGGAGCCCACCUCUGCCAAGGAUGUACCAGCUAAUGGAUGGGUAGGUACCAUGCAGUCUGAGCAGCUGGACUUCAAAUGAAACACCUUAGGGCCCUGGCACUUGAAGCCUGGAUGCCAGGUCUUUGGCUGAGAACUCAUCCUGCCCUGUGCCCAGGGGAAAGGGAUGCUGUGAUGGGUGGGCUGGGGAAGGAGGCCCAGGCUGAAGGUGGCCUUACCUGGGCCAGGUGCCCGAGAACUGCCUGAGGGCAGGGUUACUGGGGGCAGCUCUGGAAAAUAGCUUAACAGGGCACAGUGAGGAGACUGCAGCAGCCUGGCAGGAGAUAUGUCGCCCUGCAGAGGCCUCAGUGAGGGAAGAACCUCCUGGGGAGGCAUGGAGAUGGGCUGGUGGAAUGGAAAAGACAGGGAGGAUUGUCCCUUGGGCGAUGGGUGGAAGGUAUAGCUAUUUGUCCAACUUGUAUUUCUGUAAAAUGUCCUUGCAGUGGGAGCCUCACGUUAGUCAUAGGCGCUGACUGCUUUGGAUGGGGAAACUGAGGCUGGGCAAGGGUCAGUGACUUGCCAAGGUCACAUGGAAGGUGAAUGGACGAGCCAAGCCAGCCCCAGAAAGCCAGCUCCUGUGGCCGCCCAUGUAGAGCCACUGGCACAGCCUUGCCUGUGAACUCUCUGUUCCCUCCUGUCCUUUCUUCCACCCGCUCCCCCAUGCCCCUUCCCCUAGAUAAACCAGAAUGUUUCCAAUUAGGGGUCUGCUGGCGUGAGGCAAGCCUGGAGAGAUGUCCACACCGGUGACUCCCUCGCCUGCUGCCUUAGUCCUUGAUUACCUCCCCAAGGGGGGUUUACUUAGAAACGGUCAUUACCACUAAUUACCAGAUGACCGGGCCCUUCUGGGCAGUUGGGUCUGCUGCCUUGCCUGGGGCUCCUGUGGGUGGGCCUCCCCCACACAGGGAAUCAGCCGCUCCCCUCCAGCCGGGCUGGCAAGCCUGUCCCAGCCAGCAGCUCCCUCAGCCCCCAAGGCAGCUCCCUGGGGCUCUGCGCUGGCUGCACCCCCACCUCCAGGUGUCCGUAGAACAACUUCCCACACAUCCUCUGAGAGGGUCUGAGCCUCAUCUGGGAGGCGCCAGCCUACCUCUCAGGGAAGCUGCUGCCUGCUGCCUUCAGAUGGGAGCUGAGACCCCAGAGCGGCCCCAGGGUCCCCAGCCAAUGGGAGCCAGGUAGCAGCACCUCAGAGCUCCCAUCCCCAAGAGCCGCAGCACCCAGCCUUCAAGCGCUGCUGCCCUGCACUCUGCAGGAAAAGCUUCGCCCCCAUCAGCCCACUUCCUGGCUAGGGCAGGAGCUUAGGUGAAAGCCCUGGAAGGUGGCAGUGCAUGCGGCUUGAGUGCCCACUGCAUGUCCGCUGUGAGGCCAGAUGUUUGAUUUGCUGUUGCUCAUGUAAUCUUUCCUACUCAAAACUGAGAAAGCUGGCUGAACGCGGAGGGGAGGGAGCGGGCGAAAACAGAGGGCAGAGUGCGAUCAGGGCAGGCCCCUGUGGAUAGCCCAGGGCAGCUUGGGCUGGCUAGGGGUGCUGGGCAAGCGCUGCCCCAGGCUCUACCUCAGCGCCCUCAUUUAUGAUCACCUCACCCAGGCCAGCCCUGAGGCGUGAAGUGAGAGACUGUGAGCGCUGAGAAGUGCUGUGCACACGUGGGCAUGGCCCGUGGACACUUGCUGGGGAGAAGUGGGGGCUGUUAAACACUGGGACCCUGCAGAGGUGACGACAUUUGCCUCUGUGUGGUCAAAGCCCACCCAGUCAGGGCUCUCGGAAGGCGAGUCCCCUAGAAGGUGAGGUCAGGAAGCUGUGUCCGAGGCCACUUUGUGGCACCCAGACACACCCAGCAUCUCCCUGCUCAUGACUUGGAGUGUGGAAUCAGGCCAGGGACCACAGUGAGGGGGACUGGCCAGGCCACCCACGGUCGGUCUCAGACAGCUGUUAGAGCGCCCCAACCACAGACACCAGGCCAGGCCUGCUUGCCCUCGGCCUGCUUCCUGGGUCUAUAUUAGAUUUGUAUAUUUGAGGGUUAUAGAGUGAGUGGGGCACAGCAGAGAGUGAGAGGUAGGAGAAAGCAAAUGAACAUACUGAGGAGUGUGGGCAUAUUUUCUGAUUCAUUUUGUAGCAGAUGCUCAGAGAGAAGCAGCAGUUUGCCCAAGAUUGCAUAGUGCACCAAGGGCAGAGCUUGUGCUAGAAGCCAGGUCUACUCACUUCCUCAUAUCCAAGAAUCACCUGGCACAGGCUGGGGAGCCUCACGUCUGAAUAGUCCAAAUGCCAUGAAUACAUUGUCUUAUUUAAGUCUCUCCAUAACCUUUUGAAGUAGAAAUGAUCACUGUUAAUGGAUGAGAAUUAUGAGGCUCAAAGAAGUUGGGUAAUUUACCCAGGCCACACUGCUGGUGCCCAAAGCUUGUGCCUUUCCUGGGCCAGGCCAGGACCCAGAACAGCUGGGUCCUUGGCUUCUUGCUGUUGAUAGCUUGAUCCAGUCAUGAGUCUAGGGGAUCCUGGAGGAUUUAAACCAUGUUCGUUACCAAAGGAGUUUGGAAAGAGUCAGCGCUUAGUAAACAUUUCUCCCACAGGUAGACAAAAUUCACUUCUUUAUUUCAGUACAAGAGCAGGGGGAAAGGCAUAAGGACAAGUUUGGGCAAAGGCAUGGUGAUAGGAAAUUCCUUGUCUCACUGGAUCCCUUCCUGGGAAAUCAGGUACAGACACUGAGGCCAGGGGAGCAGUGAAUUAUCUAAGGUCACACAGCAAGUUAACAGCAAAAUCUGGAUUAGAAACAAACAUUUCCAAGUUUUGGUCAUCACAAAAGUGAGUGCCCUUCAAUCCUUCAAUGGAAAUUCUUUGCAUGGAUGGGGACUUUACAACGUAAUAACUGGGUUUAGUAAUGAAACAAUGAUGGAAAGCUCCUCAGUCAUGUUAUGCAUAUAGUAAGGGCUCAAUUAAUAGUAUGUAUAAUUAUUAUGAUUAUAAUAAUCAAGCAGUUGACUCAGUUGCUGAUACACAGCUCCUCAGUGCUGAAUAAAUGUUGAAUCAAGUAAUAAUUUGCAGCUGUGGUAGAUGAGAGUACUUUGUGAAUUGCAAAACUGUUUGUUGUUAGUGCAACCGUAUAGGCUAGGCAGGAUGGAGGUUGUGAACCUAUGUUAUGGUUGUGGCCCAGAGAGGGACAGUGAUGUGCACAAGGUCACACAGAGGCUAGAGGGAGAACCAUUCCUCUGCCAGGUGAUUGCUUUCCCUCCUGGCAUCCUGGCUCUUCCAAGAAAGGCUCCAGAGUCCAUCGAAGGGAAAGCCAGGGCCAGGUGGGUGGCCAGUCUUUCUUCCAUUGCUUGUUUUUGGCGGUGUGCAGGGCACUGUCCAAGACGCCAGCGGCCCUGGCGCUGAACCAGACGCAGCACUGCAAGCAGCUGGAGGGCCUGGUAUCGGCGCAGGUGCAGCUGUGCCGCAGCAACCUGGAGCUCAUGCACACCAUCAUGCAUGCCGCCCGCGAGGUCAUGAAGGCCUGCCGCAGGGCCUUCGCCGACAUGCGCUGGAACUGCUCCUCCAUCGAGCUUGCCCCCAACUACCUGCUUGACCUGGAGAGAGGGACCCGGGAGUCAGCCUUCGUGUAUGCGCUAUCGGCUGCCACCAUCAGCCACUCCAUCGCCCGGGCCUGCACCUCUGGCGACCUGCCCGGCUGCUCCUGCGGCCCUGUGCCAGGCUCUGCGUGCCUCUCUGGAAGUGAAGUGUAAGUGCCACGGGGUGUCAGGCUCCUGCUCCAUCCGCACCUGCUGGAAGGGGCUGCCAGAGCUCCGGGACGUGGCUGCUGACCUCAAGACCCGCUACCUCUCAGCCACCAAGGUUGUGCACCGACCCAUGGGCACCCGCAAGCACCUGGUGCCCAAGGACCUGGAUAUCCGGCCUGUGAAGGACUCGGAACUUGUUUAUCUGCAGAGCUCACCCGACUUCUGCAUGAAGAAUGAGAAGGUGGGAUCCCAUGGGACACAAGACAGGCAGUGCAACAAGACCUCCAACGGCAGUGACAGCUGCGACCUCAUGUGCUGCGGGCGUGGCUACAACCCCUACACGGACCGCGUGGUGGAGCGGUGCCACUGCAAAUACCACUGGUGCUGCUAUGUCACCUGCCGCAGGUGUGAGCGCACAGUGGAGCGCUACGUCUGCAAGUGAGGGCGCGACCUCCACCAGGCAGGGGCUCGGACCCUGGUGAGGACUCUGGGCGGCGCAGCGAGGGCGGGGCCAGCAGACACCCCGUGGACCUUUCCUUUCGAAUUCCUGAUGCCGGCAUGCGUGGCAGGAGGCUAGGGCUUUACCCCCUUGGAAGCUACUGGGGACAGAAAGCCUGGUCACUCUGGAAGGAGAGCCGGACAUCAAAGGAAACCGACAAGAUUAAAAAUAACCUAGCAGCUCAGGCCCUGGAGUGCCCAGGCGCUGCCUUCCAGGCUGGUCCAAGGAGCCAGGAGCAAGGGAUUGUGAGACUAUGGACUUGACCUUUCAGGGCCAGGACACCGGGCUUCAGGAAUGCUCUGCCGGGCCCUCGGCCCACCACAUGGAACCACUAGCUUGGAUUGUAAAUGGUUUUUGAUUUUCGUUUUUGUUUUUGUUGGUUUUUUUCUUUUUUUCCUUUGGGGUGUGGGAGCUACAGAAAUAUUUAUAAAACAUAGCUUUUUCUUUGGGGUGGUUUACCUCAGUUCUUCUUUAUAUAUUUUAUAUAUAAAUGUAUAUAUAUAAUGAUCUAUAUUUUAAACAAGCUUUUUAAACAGCUGUAUGAAAUAAAUGCUGA